GUAACUUCUGUCUUUCAGGUUAACUGGAUGAAGCAGACAGUUCCCACUGCAGCAAAUAAGGGGAAAAUUAACAAAUUUUUCAAAGAGACUGCUGCUUAUCGUCAAAUGAUGCUGAAGAAGAGGAGAGACAUGACCAUUACAGACUUCAUCACCACAUUUCCAAGGAUACAAGAGAUGCCAGAACUUAUCAACAUGGACUUUGAAACAGAACAUGGGCACCUUUCUGACAAUUUUAUUUUAAAGUGGGAGUCGUCCUACCGAGACCGUAUCAUAAAAUUAGGUUUGAGCGGGUAUCCAGCGGUAAAAGAUUCAAUUCAACAGUUUGAGGAAGGUGACAACAGAGACCUGUGUGGUUUAACUGCACUGUUGCUGAUGUUAAAUAAGCCACUGACAAAGACAAAGAACCCCACCUCGAGUUCAAGAGCAUCGAGUUUGGAGCACUUCAUCCAGUACAGACCUAUUGGGACAGAUGUUCAAGCGGCAGCAGCUGGGAAAUCUGCUGAGUUUCGGCAGCCCUAUAUUCUAGCCCUUGGACACAGACGCAAGCCACUACGAUCUUUUUUGAUUGCGGACAAGGUAGUGAUUGAAGCGGGACAGAAUGUGGUGGAAGCCACUGACAUGCUUUUUAAGUCUCAUGUAUUUGGAGUCCAUUUUUCCCAAGUAAUUCAAAAUUUCUAGGAGUUCAUGGCAUCUGAAGUGUACAGGGUCAUGCAGGCAUCUGAUACCAAAGCCUCCGUAAGAAGUAUGGCGUUAUCGAUCCGAAAUUUAAAGUUAACCGAGCAGUAGCUUGGACAAGAAAACUAAGCGGCUUUCGGGGACAGAACAGACGGUUUGUUAGACCGGGACAGGCCUCCAACUCACCUUACCUUUGUAAUUCAUAAGCACGUUUGCUGUCUAUACGCACAUGACAGAGAAUAGUUUAUCUAAGGCUGUUAUUUCGGAUUUUGUACAUAAAUAUGAAAAUGAUAAAAUAUGAAAAUAAGUGAUGUUUUUGUACAAAUUCCAAAUGGUAUAAAUAUACGCUGAGUGAGAAAAUGUUAUUCAUAUAGGUAGUAUUGUAUGCAGACCAUUUAUGAAAGAAGUUCUAAUUUACAUAUUUUAAUUAUGCAGAGCAAAGAAGUAGUACAAGGUUGUUAUUUCAAGCUUUAGAGAUCGAUCGGGAUAGUAGUGGUUUUGAGUGAAAGCUAAAUUAGUGGUUAGUUUAUGCCAAAAAAUGAGCCUUUGUAUGAAAUUAUCUGAAUUAAGAUGAGUAAUGAUGUACAAGUGUUCCGAGACAAAAUGAGUUCGUUGACUACUUGUGGUGUGAGCCUAAGGGUUGAAAAGAAAUGUUGUUUAUUAUACCCCCGCCAAACGCAGUUUGAAGGGGGUAUAUAGGAAAUUAGCGUACGGUCGGGCGGUCCGUUGCAAAUCUUGCGGAUCGAACUUCUUCUUCAGUUUUCAACCAAUAUUCAUGAAAUUUGGCACAUACAUCGGUCUGCUUGUGAGGAUGUGCAGACACAUUUUUCACAAAAGUAACUAGAAGACAAGGUGAUAUCUAGUUUGAUAUUACAUUGCUGAGAGUGAUUUAUCAUUCAUGAGUCAUAAGGUAAAGAAUCAAGCAGAAUUUACAUCAAGACAAAUUUAACCCUAAAUGGACUUGGGAGGGGGAGGGUGAAAGGCCCCCUUUAAAAAAAUGUUGGCAAUAAAUCUGUCGAUAAAUCUCAUGCAUCUUUUGAGACAAACUUUGCGACGCCUUGGUAUGCAGUCCGAAAUUAUGCAUAAUUAUGUAAGUGCAUGUCAGUCCCAAAAUUGCUCAAAAUGCAAAUUCUGUUUGUAGCCUAAAUUCAUACCGUUCUCUUUACUUUUACUGAUUAAAAUCAAUUAAUUUCAUGUUGUUUAAGAUCAUGAAAUUAUUGUCGACAAUUUCCAUCCAAAAAAAAUCGAAAACAAAUAAAUACAUAUGAACUUUGAAAAACAUUUAAAUACUUAAGACACUUUGAUACUGAUUAUUUUUUUAUGUGCAUUUGGUCAGAAUUUCAAAGGGAGUCUCUAAACAAAAGAUUAGCGGUACAAGGGCCUUAUAAUUUAAAACAGUCAAAUUCGAAUUUCAUGCAUAAAUUAUGAUAAUUUAUAAUAACAAAUUAAUUUUGAAUUAUUUUGGAACAAUCAAAUAGUAUACAGUUUUGUAGAUUAAGUCAUGGGUGACAUGCAUGACUAUUUUCGUUUUUCGAUUGCGCGAUCAAUAAAGCCGAGAUUGGGCGGGGGGCCUUUAAGGCAUUUACCCCCCCCCCCCCCUCCAAAAUAAUCCAGUCUGAUUAAGGUUAAAAUUUCAUUUUCAUAUUUAUUUUGCUCUUUUUGGCUCACCUGAACAAAGUUCAGCAGAGACUUAGUAAUCACGGUCCCUGUUGGUCAGUUAUUCUGUUACAACAAUCUCAAAGUUUUUGUUUAACUUGCUCUCAUUUCUUUAUUUCUGCAAUUUAUGAAUUUGAGUACACAUGACUAUAAUUAAUUAUGCCAUGAAGUUAUUUACUGUGACACUGAUUAUCGCUAAAACACAACUUGCAUCGUAAACUCUUUCAAUAUUAUACAUUGCCUGGUCACUUAUCCCUUCCUUAUUAUAUAUGAUAUAACUUAUUCUUUUUUUUUAAUGAAUUUAUAUCAAAUCACAUCACUUGAUAUCAUAAUUAUACCCCCGCCAAAUGAAGUUUGAAGGGGGGUAUAUAGUGAUCAGCGUAUGGUCGGGCGGGCGGUCCGUUGCAAACCUGGAUCAAACUACUUCCUUAUUUUUCAACCAAUACUUAUGAAAUUUGGCACAUAGAUUGGUCUUGGUGUGAGGAUGUUCAGGACACAUUUUCCACAUGUUUCGGAAACUGUGUUGCCAUGGUAACGGCAUGUUUUGUCAGAAAAUGUAGUAAAAAUUUUGGGGAUCGAACUACUUCCUCAGUUUUCAACCAAUUUGGCACAAACAUUUGUCUUGGUGUAAGGAUGUGCAAGACACAUUUUCACGUGCCGAAAAUCGUGUUGUCAUGGUAACAGCAUGUUAUUGAUGGGGCGGGGGUAUUAAUCACCUUCGGGGAUAUUUUUAGUUCACCUUAUAAUUGUACAGAAUAUUUAAUGUUUCUACUUUCAUUAUAUUGAGAAUUGAUUGUACAAUGGUCUUCAUAAUCACAUUACACUCUGAUGUGUAUUGUUGCAAUGUAAAUACUUCUUUGAAAGCAUUGAAUUUUGAAUGUUAACUGAUAAAAUGUGUAUUGUUGCAAUGUAAAUAAUGCUUUGAAAGCAUUGAAUUUUGAAUGUUAACUGACGAAAUGUGUAUUGUUGCAAUGUAAAUAAUGCUUUGAAAGCAUUGAAUUUUGAAUGUUAACUGAUGAAAUGUUAUGACAAUAAAGCUGUUAAAGCACCCAAUUCU